CUUUCUCUCUUUCUUUUUUGUCCGUCUUGCUAUUUCUGUCCCGUUACACUCUCUUUCUCUCUCGCUCUUUGUUUUAUUAUCUCCCUGCCUCCCUUCUUUGUGAGAAUUCCUGUCUACCUGUCUGAACAGGGCACGGUGGGCAUGAGAACCGGGUGACAGAGAGAGACAGGGAGAAAGAGGGGGAGAAAAGGGAGGGAUGCCGGCGGAGGUGAAGUGGGAGGAACGCUAGUAAAGAGUGAAAACAGGAAGUAGGCUGCGGGGUGAGAUGAAUUAAGUGAGGGGGAACUCGAGGCGAGGACGUCUUCUACUCGGCUCACACACCGCUCCUCGCAUUUCUCUGGCUGGCUCUCCCCCCCUCCUCCCCCCCUUCCCCCUCUCACCUCGCACUGAGAGGUCUUUUGCUCCGCGGGCUAGUUUUUAACCCUUCUUUUUCCCGGUGGGUGUCCUUGUGGUCUGGUAUGGAUGCCAUCAUGCUUCAGGAGAAACUAGUGGAGCGUCUGUUGUGCCCGCGCGUCCGGACCGCCAGGCAGAAGGAGAAGCAGUAUGUGGGCUUCGCCACCCUGCCUAACCAGGUGCACAGGAAGUCUGUGAAGAAGGGGUUUGACUUCACACUCAUGGUGGCCGGAGAGUCUGGGAUGGGGAAGUCCACUCUGGUGAACAGCCUGUUCCUGACUGACCUCUACAAGGACCGAAAGCUGCUCAACGCUGAAGAACGUAUUAACCAAACUGUGGAGAUCAUAAAGCACACAGUAGACAUUGAGGAGAAAGGGGUGAAACUCAAGCUGACCAUCGUGGACACCCCAGGGUUCGGAGAUGCCGUUAAUAACAAUCAGUGCUGGAAGCCCAUCACAGACUACAUAGAUCAGCAGUUUGAGCAGUACUUUAGAGAUGAGAGUGGACUGAACAGAAAGAACAUUCAGGACAACCGAGUCCACUGCUGCCUGUAUUUCAUACCUCCUUUUGGACACGGGCUGCGUCCGGUGGAUGUGGAGUUCAUGAGAGCUCUUCAUGAAAAGGUCAACGUAGUUCCACUCAUCGCUAAAGCUGACUGCCUCACACCAAAUGAGAUCCAGAAGCUCAAAGACAGGAUACGAGAGGAAAUUGAGAAAUUUGGCAUUAAAGUGUACCAGUUCCCCGAGUGUGAUUCUGAUGAGGACGAGGAGUUCAAACAAAUGGAUAAAGAGCUAAAGGAGUGCACUCCCUUCGCGGUGAUCGGCAGCAACACAGUGGUGGAGGCUCGGGGCCAGAGAGUCCGAGGCAGACUGUACCCCUGGGGCAUCGUGGAAGUGGAGAACCAAUCCCACUGUGACUUUGUGAAGCUGAGGAACAUGCUGAUCCGCUCUCACAUGCACGACCUGAAGGAUGUGACCUGCGACGUGCACUACGAGAACUACAGGGCCCAGUGUAUCCAGGAGAUGACAAGUAAACUGGCUCAGGACAACCGGAUGGAGAGCCCCAUCCCCAUUCUGCCCCUGUCCACUCCGGAUGCGGAGACAGAGAAACUCAUCAAGAUGAAGGACGAAGAGUUGAAAAGGAUGCAAGAGAUGCUGAACAAGAUGCAGCAACAGAUGCACGAGAAAGAUCAGUGACGGCUGACAGUGCGCAGAGCUGGUACUACAGCGACACCUGCUGUACAAGGCCCGAACUGCAGUCAGACUUUGCAGCGGCACUUAACGCAACUCAAAACAAGUGAUAUAUUUUGACAAGUGACAGCUACAUGUGAUCUCAUGGUACUUGGUGCUUUGUAUAUUCGGUCUGCCUGAAAGACUGUGCUAUAUUGGAGGGUAUUUUUGGAGCCUUUUCCCCAGUUUGGUUGGACCCCCUUGCUGUGGUUAGUUCUAACAUAUAUAAUAUAAAUGUGUAAUUUAAAUUACUACUCAAUGUUUCUAAUUUAUAAAUUCUAUGCUAAACUUUUUGGAUAUUUCAUCAGGGUAUGACUAUUUGUGCUAUAAAAUGCUUUGUAAGGUAGCUUAGUUUUAUGAUGUUUGCUAAACAUAGUCUUUUUUAUUGUGUGUAUGUGAGCGUGAGUGCAAGUGUGUGUGUGUGUGUGCGAAACAUCCUCCAUCUCCUAUAAAUAUUGUCUGAUAUAUAUAUUCUUAAGAGUCCGUCCAUAAUGCAUUUUUGUAGCGUUACUACAAUAACUUUUAUUUUAACUGAUUCAUAAGAACAAAAAAAAAAAGAUGUUACCCUUGUUUAUUGUGUUUGACUGCCUGAACAUUUUCUUUCAAUCUUUUUACAUUUGCCGGUCUAUUUUAAAAUGCACUUAUUGCCAGUGGCUAAAUGUGAACGAAAGGGCUUAUGAGGUUGCUACGGUCACGUGCGUAGUGCAUGUGAGAGCAUGCUACAGUUAACUCUGUCGCUGGUUAGUAUAACCAUGAGACCUGACCAGACCCUGUGUCUCCUUCAAAUGCAUCAUGAUCUUUGUUUUGUUGAAGCAUACAUACCGGUUAAAUAUAUAGAUCAAACCUAAGGAACAAGUUGACAUUUCUCUAUUUACAACGCAAGUUUUGUGUGUGAGGAGAUACAUUGUAAAGUGUUUGUUUGUGUGUGUAUGCGUGAGUGAGCAAACGUAUGUGUGCAUGCGCUUGUAUGUGUGUGUGUGUGUGUGUGUGUGAGUGCGAACGUACGAGCGUGUGCACACAUAUCUGUGUGUGUUCACAUGCGCUUUGGUGUGAUAAAAGUGCUGUAUCCUACCUGUUCCACCCUUAAGGCUGUGACCUCCAUCUGCCUGAGCUGUGCUGUAGGUCUCAGGUUGUCACUUGUUCCCGAGCUAUGACCCUAUGGCAAAUAAACAGACUGGAAUCACAAACCUUUGAA